UCCCCCCACGCCGACUACCCAUCACUGGUGCAAGUGAUCUUCGAGCGUCCCUGAAUACCGACGUUCUCUUGCAGGAACACCGAAGAGCGACCGCCAUGUUCUCAAGAUUGCGCUUUCGUAACCCGCUACAAAAUGUUUCUCCAAAGGCGCGAAACACAUUGCUCGUACUAAGUGCAAUCUAUGGCGGGACCACUUUAGCCGCGAUCUUGAUUGGUCCGGGGCGAAUAUUCCAAUCCGUCGUCCUAAUCUCACAAUGGCUUUCAGCGCAGCCGCACGGCCGGCUAUUAGUUCUGGGCCUGAUCAUCCUCUGCUCCUUCCCACCUAUGGUCGGCUACUCAAAUUCCAUCACGCUCUGCGGCCUUGCUUUCGGCUCUAAAGCCUCCAAAUCUGCAUCUUCGCCUGAAGGUCAUUCGAUAUGGGAAGGCUUCGCGCUUGCCGUCACCGGUGCAAUGCUCGGAUCUUCGCUCGCAUUUAUGGGGCUGAGGCUGGGUAUGAGGGCCUUUAGGCGCUCAAGAUGGAUCAGAUACGUCAAAGAGAGCAGGCAAUGGGUCGCGAUGGGAAAGGCGGUGGAAGAAAGAGGCUUCACCAUGAUUCUGCUCAUAAGGUGCAGCCCGUUUCCUUUCGUCUACUCGAAUCUGUUCUUCGCCACGCUCGAUGCAGUUACUUUCCCGCGAUUCUUCCUGGCAACGCUUCUGUCAACUCCAAGGCUACUCUUGCAUGUUUACAUCGGCAGUGUGAUGUACGAGCUAUUUGACGAGGCGGAGCGCGCAGCAAUGCCGACGCACGUCAAAGAACUCGACGCGUUGUCCAUCACUCUGGGCAUUGCAGUAGGUGCUGGAACGGGCUGGUGGCUUUGGAGGGUCAUGAACCGUAUUCUGGCGGAGGAGGAGGUAGAGUGUAUGACUGCUGACCCCGCAGGUCCGGCCCGUCUCAGUCGAGAAGAAGCGAGCGAGGAAUAUGAGAGAGACAACUGGGCACGGAGGCGUUUGCACAGGGAGGACGAGCUCGCAUAAGCACUUCAACUGCGAGAAGCGGAUUGACACGCAUAUGCAGGAAUAGAUCGUGGACAGUGGGUGAACGUGUCCUGGGAAUAGGAGCAUGAACUGGUAUCAGUGCUGCACAUAUCU